UCUGACGACAUUCACUCUCGCCGGGCUCCUCUGUGCUUGUUCAACGCUCAUUCAAAAUCCCAACCGCGUGUUUGCGUUAACUGUUGCUUUAUGAAAAAGCCUGACUUCAGUGUAACUGUUUACAGACCCUGUGUAACACUGAACAUGUGAGCUACAACUUUCCCUGGCUUUUGGUGCUCGUUCAAACUUCUAAAUGCUAACGCGCGAUGCUAACGUUAGCUCCAUGAGAGCCUGUGCGCAGUAGUAAGGUAGUCCAGAUGACAGGGAGGGACCAGACUGAGGACAUGCAGGGCUCUGUCCGGUGGGCUUUUCGCUGCGGGUCGUGGACACCGAGCAGGUGUGAGUGGCUGUUCGCGGCUCGCUGCAUCCAGAGAGAGGAGAAAGACAGGAUAGGACAGUUUGUAUUUACCAAGGAUGCCAAGUCAGCCAUGGCCGGCAGGUUACUGCUCAGGAAGUUUGUCUGUGAAAGGGCAGGGAUUCCCUGGUCAGAGAUCAGACUGGAGAGAUCUACCAAAGGGAAGCCUUACCUGGCAGCUCCACUGAAGGUUGGUUCAGAUUCAGGUGAGGCCUGGAGCUUUAACCUUUCCCACCAGGGUGACUACGCUGUACUCGCUGCCGAGCAGGGGUUCCAGGUGGGAGUGGAUAUCAUGAAGAACACAAUGCCAGGUAGCAGCUCUGUGCCAGAGUUUUUCCGCAUCAUGACUCGUCAGUUUACUGCACACGAGUGGAGCAUCAUCCAAUCAGCUGGCUUGGAGCAACAGCGGCUUGCUGCGUUCUACCGCCACUGGGCCCUGAAGGAGAGCUUCAUCAAAGCCAUUGGCACAGGUCUAGACUUCAACCUGCAGAGGGUUGAGUUUCACCUGUCCUCUGAACCCGUCACACAGAGCCAAGUGCUGCGUCUGACCAAGAUGCAUCUCGACGAGAAAGAAGAGGAGGACUGGAUAUUUGAAGAAAGUUUGCUUGAUGCUGACCAUCAUGUUGCCGUCGCGCUCGGACCUGCGGACAAACCAGGUGUUGCUCGUCAUCCUUCAUCUCUACCUCCUCCCACCACUUUUACACUGCUGUCUUUCAGUGACCUCAUCGCCUCAGCCUCACCCCUGACAGAGGAAGACUCCACCUACUGGGACAGCUUUAAGACGAAGGCUGACGCUCCACAGAGACAGAGAGAGAUGCGCACGUCCAAAUAACCACCUGUCUCUCACUGACACUGAAGCUGCAACACAACAAGUCCAGUCGAGUUUAUUUAUGAAGCCAAGACUCUUAGGUUUGUCUCAGAGGACGUCAGAAACUACACAGCUUCUGACAUUUUCUAUUUGAAGUUGAUUAAUGCAGUGUUAUCUUCAGAAUUUCAGUUGGCUGCAGCUUUCUUUCACAAAUAAACAAUAAUAAUACAUCA